CCAGGAAUAAAAUUUCUAAAAGACAAUUCAUUACGCCUCAUCGUUGGCUAUAACACAAUACAAGUGUGGGGAUAUUCUGAAAAAAUAACAUAUGAACUUUUAUACAUCUGGUCACUUUGGUCGAAUCAAGAAUACAAAGAUAAAAAGAUAAACUCGUUUAAAAUAAUCAGAGAUGAUAAAAAAGAAUUAGAAAUUCUCCUAAAAUUAGAAACCGAUGAUAUUAUUACGAUUACUAUUCCAAAGAAAGCACUUUCUGAGCAAAUGACAGAUGAGCAAGUUUUUCUCGACAAUCUUGAUGCAUUCGAUUUUCUAUAUUCGAUUUGUCAAGUAGAUUCAAUUGCAAGAGACAAUCAAUUAAAAAAAAUUCUGAUGGCGACCGAAAAAAUGCUAAUUAAAAAAAUCGAAUCUCAAAAAAUCGAAUUUAGCUUUUGGAGAUGCCUUGAUUUAAAUCAUCAAAUCGUGAUUAAAUUCAUCGAAAAAGGCUCCGUCAGAAUUAUUGAAUCAUUUUUAUCGAAACGCUAUAUUGAACACAAAGAUCAACAAUCAAUCAAAACAUUGGAGUUUGGUUUGCAUGUUCCUUUUUUUGUUAAUAAAAAAACUGGAGUUAAUGUUUUGUCAAUUGCAAUUGAUAAAGGAAAACUUGAAAUGAUACAAGCUCUUAUGGACUAUUACCUAUCUUGGGGGUCAUAUGAUAUCGGAUAUAUGAGUCUUUUCUCAGAAUCUUUACCAAAUUUUUAUAAAAAAUUCCCAGGGCUUGACGAACCAUGGAAAAUGGAAAAUUCUAUGGAGACCAUUUACUUUUGGCUCAAUGGAAGAUGGGACUAUUUAGAUAAAUGGGAUUUUUGGCCGAUUCACUUUCUAUCCAUAUUUGGUGGCUUUUUUCUGGUUAUUGUGACUCAAAACAUGCUGAUCGCUUUUAUGUCAAAAAUAUACGAUGACAUAAAAAAGAGAGAGGAACAAAAUUCUAAACGGGCAAUUGCUCAUAUUUUAUCCGAGACCUUACCUAUACAUGAAAUAGCUAAACCGUUCUGGUCAAUUCUUCUGAUUCGUAUCUUACGAAUUUUUAUACCAAGAGCGCUUUUACUUUCUUUCUUAAACAAGAAAAAGUUAAUCGAGCCAUCUCGGCCUCGAGUGUUAUAUUUUGCUGCUGAUCCAGAAUAUAUCAACAAGUAUCGUAGAAAAUAUGCAGCAUUGCUAGUCGAUGACGAAUGA